AUGACGAGCUGUACUUACAACGCCGAUACGCCUGCAUCGCAUGCUGCCGUCGAAAAUCUGAUGAUGCAAGCCAGGAAGUUUAAGUACGGCGUCAUCAGACUGACAGAGAAGAGGCGACGCCACCUACUGAACGCCGUAUAUGAAACUGAAGAAGGACUGUUCUUAGGAACAUGCGACAGUAGAGGUGUUGGUGGAGUUGGCGUCCUCGCCAACACGAGUAUGGCAAAGAACAGCACCACUUUCGAACAAAUAACAACCCGAAUCGGACGUCCGCGGAUGAGAAAAAGUGGACCAAUCCCAGCUUUGACUAUCUUCGUCGCUUACGCUCCAACAUCAAGCUACGAAGAAGAAGAAGAAGUCGAAGCUUUCUAUAUGAACAUGGAAAAGUUCUACGGAGAAGAUCAUACCUUCUGCAAGUUCAUAAUUGGCAAUUUCAACACUAAAAUUGGCCCGAGGAGAACGCCUGAGAAGCUUCACAUCGGGACACACGGUCGGUUCACAAUGGAAUGA